UAUUUUGGAGCCUCCACGUCCCGCAUUCGUCGGUUUCGUUAACACCGCUUCGACAGGGCCAUCGCUGCGCUGUGGGGUAGCUCGCUGGGCAAAAAGUCGGUGCGCGCACGCGUUUUCGCACGCCUUAGAGUGAUUCCUUCCUCCUGCGGUUUUUGUCGCGAUGUUACGGCUCACAGCGCUGGUUCUAGUCCUGCGCGGCGCGACCGCAAGUGACUGCGACACAGCCACUUAUUAUGCCUACGUCGACCUGACGCUGACGGGCAGUGCUCUACGCGCUGCGCUGCACGCGCGAAUCAAGUCGCCGCACGACGUCAUUCCCUACACGUCGUCCGCCACCGACGUCUGGGACGCCCUGAAGGUCAUCGACGCAGAUCCUGCUAACACGGACAACGUGCUCGGCAUUUAUUCGCGGCGGUCGAUGCCGGACUCGCUGAGCGGCGACAGCGACGGCUGGAACCGCGAGCACUCGUGGCCGAAGUCGUGUGGCGUGGGCUACGAGGGGCCCGACUUCAGCGACCUCCACCACCUGUUCCCGGCCGACUGGUCCGUCAACUCUGCCAGGGGAAACAAAAAUUUCGGCGACUGUCUCUCCGACGGCACGCCGACCUGCGAGGCGCCGGCCCAUACGGAGGCGCCGGACACGGCGGACGACGUCGAUUCGUUCCUGCCGCCGCCGUCGACCAGAGGCGACAUCGCCCGCGCCGCGUUCUACAUGGUGACGCGCUACGACGGCGGCGAAAAGGACACGGAGGCGCUGCAGCUCGUGGACGGCUGCGGCUGCGCCGAGAGCGGCCGCCUCGCGAGCUACGCCUGGCUGCGCCAGUGGCACAUCGAUGACCCGGUCGAUGACGCUGAGCGUCUACGCAACGCUCAGAUCUGCACCGACUACCAAGGGAACCGGAAUCCCUACGUAGAUUACCCCGAGCUCGUCGCAGCGGUCUUUGACGAUGAGGCCGAAGCGCAGAUCCGGGCCGACGCGUGCAACGACGAUCCGCCCGCGGCGGACGAUUUUGAUGGCUCCGGCGCCGACCGCGUCGGUGCGGGCGACGUGCUGAUCGCUGGGGCCCGCUUCGACAACCCGGACGACCUGGUGAUCGUGUUUCUGAAGACAUUUCCGAACGGGAUCGCGCUGACGAUCACGGACAACGGCUGGCUCGAGAGCGGUAACUGGCGCGACAACGAGGGCACGCUGUCCCUGAGCCUUCCAAGCGUCGCUGCGGGCCAGACGGUGACGCUGGCGGACAUGGACUCCGUCUCGGGAAGCUUUGCCCUCUCGGCGAGCGGAGAUCAGAUAUUUGUCGUCGACAACGGCGAGGCCGUGGCGGGCUUGCACACCGGCGGCGGCUGGUCGGACGCCACCGAUUCGUCGACUUCGGCAUUACCUCCUGGCCUCGAGGACGCCUCGAUCACGUUCGAGGAGACCCCGGACGCCUAUUGCUACGACGGGCUGCGGUCGGGGACCCAAAAAGAGCUACGCGACGCGCUCACGGACGCUUCCCAGUGGACGGAGUGCUCCGCCCUGGACGCCUCGCCGUUCUUCGUCAGCGAUGCGGCAGGCGGCCUCAACGGGACAUCUACGGGCGCGUUGACGUCCGCUGCGGCCGCGGGAUUCGUCGGGGCCGCGGCGGUCGUGGCUUUGUGGUGAGUGCUCUUGUGUAAGUGAUCUG